AAUAUAUAUACUCUUCAACAAAAAAUAAUAGGUUUCUAUUAAUUCCAUCAAUCUUUCAAGAAGAAGAUACAGAGAAGAAAUGGAAGGGGAGAUCCACAAUUUCAUUGUUGUAUGGGUUAUUGUCUUAGCAAGUUUAUGUUACUCUCACACCAUAGCCAAAUUCCUUCCAAAAGGCAAAUCAAGAUUUGUGGCUAUAAUUCCAAUAGUUUGUCUAUUUUUCAUUCUACCUCUUUAUCUGACUUCCAUUAAUCUUGGUGGUACUACUUCAUUCUUCAUUGCAUGGUUAGCCAAUUUCAAGCUUCUUCUUUUUGCAUUUGGUAAAGGCCCUUUGUCAUCAACACCACCCCUUUCACUUUCAACAUUCAUUCCCUUGGCUUGUUUGCCUAUAAAGUUUCAACAAUAUUCAACUAGUCAUGUUGAUACCACCAAAAAGACCACAAAUUCAACUUUGAAUAUUGUUACCAAGAUUUCUCUUUUAGCCAUGUUGAUAAGGGUGUAUAGCUAUAAAGACUAUUUGCAUCCAAAAAUCAUUCUCUUCUUCUAUUGCCUACACAUCUACUUCAUGCUAGAGAUCAUAUUGACUAUGGUUAGCGCCACGGUUCGAAGGGUGAGUCGAGUCGAGCUCGAGCCACCCUUCGACGAGCCUUACCUGGCUACCUCGCUCCAGGAUUUCUGGGGCAGGAGGUGGAACCUCAUGGUAACUAAUAUACUUCGUCCGACCGUUUAUGAUCCUGUCCGUUCGAUGGUGGCAGACAGGAUCUCGAGGAAGUGGGCUCCACUUCCUGCCGUGCUCGCCACGUUUUCCGUCUCGGGGCUAAUGCAUGAGCUGAUUUUCUACUACAUUGGAAGAUUGAAACCUAGUGGGGAAGUCAUGAUGUUCUUUCUCAUUCAUGGGGUGGCUUUGAGUCUUGAAAUUGUCAUCAAGAAAGUUUUCAAUGGCAAAUUUUUGGUUCCUAGGAUUAUUUCAGGUCCAUUAGCACUAGCUUUUAUAAUUUUCACAAGCUUUUGGCUGUUUUUUCCUCCAUUUUUGAGGGGUAAUACAGAGCUUAAAGCAUGUACUGAAUCUCUUGCUUUCUUAGAAUUUUUUAGGUAUGGUAAAUUAAUUAGUCCAACCAAUGUCACAUGUCCACUCCUGUAAGAUUUAUUCAUA